UUGGCUGCUCCAUAAAAUAAUCCCAUCGUCAAACUUUCUCAUCCUAUAUAUACACAUUAUACACAACCUUAUUCUCCCCCAACAGACACAGUUGAAGAAGAUUGUUGUUCUGAAAUUAAGAAUGUCUGGGGUUUGGGUUUUCAAGAACGGGGUGGUGAGGUUGGUGGAGAACCCUGGCGGUGAGGCGGUGGAGGGAAGCCGCGGUGGAAGAAGAAAGAUGCUUGUUCAUUUAGCAAGCAAUGAGGUGAUGACGUCGUACUCGGUUUUGGAGAGAAAAUUGUACUCGCUCGGGUGGGAGCGUUACUACGACGACCCUGAUCUUCUUCAGUUCCACAAACGCUCCACCGUCCACCUUAUUUCCCUCCCUCGGGAUUUCAACAGGUUCAAGUCCAUGCACAUGUAUGACAUAGUCGUCAAGAACAAGAACGCUUUUGAAGUUAGGGACAUGUAGGGUAUACCUACGGACAAAGGACAGGGACAACACAGCAUAUAUAUAUAUAUAUAUAUAUAUAUAUAUAUAUAUAUAUAUAUAUAUAUAUAUAUAUAUAUAUAUAUAUAUAUAUAUAUAUAUAUAUUUACAUAGUCACCAAUUGCAAGGGCUUUCGGGCAGGGUACCCUCUGCUACUGUGUUUGUGUACUUCCUUCAACUCUUGCUGGGGUGGUUUCUUUUCAUUGAGUUAGGUGUUUGAGUCUUUCAUUUUGGACUUUGUCCAUUUGAUUGUGACAUUAACUUGGGUGUUUUGUUUUCCACUCUGUUGGUCGGUUUAUUGUUAUACAUAUGUUCUGAUUAUUAAUUAUUUCACCCUUUAUGUAUACGUAGCUCUUCUGCUGUAUCUAUAUUUUUAGUCAUCUGCAAUCAAAUUUCACUUUUGUAUAAA